CUAUAAAUAAUGCCACCGUUAUCUCAUUAACAUAAGCAUUCCUAGAUUACAGGCUAUUCGAUUGAAAUUUUUUUGUUUCUGUUGGGAGUUCUGAGUAAUUUUGCUGCCAUGGAUAAUCCUUUGUUCGGUGGGUCUUGGGAUCGAGUCCCUGAAAGGCGAUUUUAUCAAAGGCCGCAUUACUAUCAUCCAAACCCUUACGCUGCAAAUUCGUACGCAACUCCAGUAAAAUCGGAGAGCACGCCCAAGGUAAAGGCCAAGAAGGUCGUCUCAAUUCCAAUCAAUUUCGUCGAUUCUGAGACACCCAAAUCCAAAAAGGCGCCCGCCAUGGACGAAAAUACAGCGGCUGUAAAAAUUCAAUCGGCUUUCCUAGGGUUUUGUGUGAGGAAGUCAAGGCCUCUGAACAAAUUGAGGGUUAUAAUGAAAACCAAGGCAGAGGCUGCAGAAAUUCGGAGGCGUGUGAAUGACGAACAUGUUGUGGAGUUGAUUAGACGAGAUGAGAAGGAGCGGGUGAAAAUGACGGAGUGGAUCAUGUCUCUACUGCUCAGGCUCGACGAAAUUCAGGGAGUGAUUCCUUUUGUGCGGGAAUCAAGAAAGGCUGUGAUUCGUGAGCUGGUUAACUUGGAAGAGACUGUAGAUGACAUAAUUGCAGCCAAACCCAGGCAAGAUGCUGCUACAGAAGUUUCAGUAACUUCUGAAGCAACGCUGGAGGAUUGCACCAUUAUUGAAGAAAAUGGAUCUGCAAGGUGCUUGGAGGAGAAUCCCAAGGAGGAAUUCAAGAGCAAGGAGUUGCCAGGGGGAGCAAUUGAGGUCUCUGUGAGUAGUGAAAAAGCAUUAGCAGAGGAGUCUUUGCCUUCUCCAAUGCAAGAUUUGCAAAUUGAGGAUUCCCCUGAAGAAAACAAUAAUAAUAUUGGAGUAGAAGAUUUUAAACAGAACUCUUCUGAAGCUGGAAAAAUUGUGUCUGGCACAAUGGUUGAUGUUGUUGAUAAAGAUGCAGAGAAUUUGAAAAGAAACAAAGUUGAAAGCCUACUCUUGGAGGCUGAUCCAUCACCUGCAAUCCCUUGCACAGAGGAAGGUGUUAAAAUAGGAAAUUCAAGGGAUGAUGAAAAUUCUUCUAAAUCUCUGGACUUUUUGGACGCUGAUGCAUCACCUGCAAUCCCUUGCACAGAGGAAGGUGUUAAAAUAGGAAAUUCAAGGGAUGAUGAAAAUUCUUCUGAAUCUCUGGACUUGUUGAAGGUGCAGACUAUCCAGCCUGAUGGGAAGCUAGAAACUGCAGACUUAAUGGACUAUGAAGAAGCAGGGGAUAAGAUGACAGAGCAAGUAAAGCCCAUUGAAGAUACUGGCCUGGUAAGAGAAGAGAAUGAGAAAUUAAUGAGGAGUGUAUCUGAUCUGUUGAAGAAAAGUGAGAAACAGAGUGAGAUUAUUCAUGAUCUGAGUCUGCGAAUUUCACAGUUGGAAGAGAAAGUAUCUCAGUGCAACACAAAGAAAAAAGUUGGGGAUGGAAUGAAGAGAAGUGGUAGAUCUACAAAGGAAAGAGAUGCACAUACAAACAACAGGAGGAGAAAAUCUGAUAGAUACUGCUUUAUGGAGGACUGGUUUUGACAACUAGUUAAUGUUUUGUCCCAAUAAAGCCACAAUAUGAGUGUUAUUGAGCAGUGACUUCAAAAAUUAAAAAAAAUAUAUAGAAUCUCUUUUGAGAAAAAAUCUAAAAAAUGUAAAGAAUCUUUUUUUUUUUUUUUUUGGAAAAAAUCCAAAAA